AUGUUACCUCUCAAACGACUAUUCUUCCUCCUCCAACUAAAUCUAAAUCUCCUCCCCAUCCUCCUCCCAACCACAACCGCACAACUCACCGGCCCCGUAGGCGCCACAACCCCCCUCUCACAAAAGAAAACAGAAUGCAACAUCCUCACCCUAAACCCCUCCUUCAACCCCCUCACCGACGACGUCUCGCUCCCUAUAACCAGCACCUUUAAAAGCUGCGUACAAAACCAUCCAGGCAGUAGAUUAAUAGUACCAGCUGGUAACUACACGCUCAAAUCAAGUAUCAUUCUCAGUAAUGCGACGAAUUGGGCUUUUCAACUCGAUGGGUUGAUUACGGCUGUUUAUUAUCCCAAUAAUACGGAUGCGUCUUAUACGAUUCCGUAUGUUGUUCCGAGGGCGAGGAUUCUGGAGGGUUUCGCGGGUGUGCAGUUGUUGAAUAGGUAUGUAUUUCCUGGUAUUGAGCGGAGAGGUAUAGGGAUGUGCGUGUUGAGAUGUCGAAUAGUACGAUUAAUGGAGAGGGAGAUGGGAAAUUUUUGCAGAAUUUGAUUGUUAUUAUUAAUGGUGAGAUUUUUUAUACAUUACUUGCGUCGAUUUGAAGAAUUCUAUGCUAAACCAAUACCAGCCGUCGAUUUCGAAUUAUACUCCUCCAAUGGUCUCGGAGCUAUUCAGGGACAAGGAUAUCUAUACCGUGUAUCCGGAAAGUAAGUCAUCGUCGCUCUCCUCCCUCCAAAUAAAUCAUCAUAUACUCAAACAAACCCAGCACAAAUCGACCACGAAUGCUCAGACUUAUUUCCCCUAUAAAUACCACGAUUCACGAUCUACUCCUCAUCGAUAGUCCGAAAUUCCACUUCAUAUUUGAUUUUGGAGAGAAUAUUGAAGUGUAUCAUCUGACGAUCCGUGGAGCUAAUCUGGGCUCUUAUGAUGGUAUUGAUGCUAUUGGGACCAAUUAUUGGGUUCAUGAUAAUGAGGUUUGUAUUUUCCUAUUUUCGCUUUCGCUUUUUACCACGUGCAGAAUCUGGAUUUAAGGGAAAGGAAGAACAUAUUAAUGGUUUUGAUAUAGGUAACCAAUAGAGAUGAAUGCGUCUCUGUAAAAAGUCCUUCGCAUAAUGCACUGGUUGAAAACCUAGUUUGCAAUCAAGUCGGUUCAGGAAUUUCAAUUGGGAGUUUAAACGUGUCAGCUGAAAUAUCCAAUAUUGUUCGUUUUCUCUCUGUCCAUUUCCUUUCUCUAAAAACUAACACAACCCAAUCAGCACGCACGGAACAUAUCCGUCCUCGGCGGCAACGAAAUCGUCUUCAUAAAAACCUACCCCGGGGGUUCCGGCUACGUAAGCAACAUCCUCUGGGAAAAUUUCCGUUCCAAAUCCUCUCUCUACGGUAUUAACCUCAACCAAUACUGGCAACAAACCUACGUUCCGGACAGCGGCGCCGUCACUUUAUCUAACAUCACAUUCCGUAAUUUCAGCGGCUCGAUUCAAGAUGCUGCGAAGCGUCCUGCUCUUUACCUGCUGGCGUCUGAUUAUAUUCCUGCCACAGAUGUUACCGUGAAGGAUGUAACUGUGUGGACUGAAAGUGGAUCGACGAGUGUGAAUCAUAUUUCUAAUAUUUUUGGCGUGGGUGAUGAUGUUUAUGGGCCGAAUAAUGGAAUUGUGAAGUUGGCUCAGGGAGAGGAUCCGAAAUCAGAGACAUAUACGAGUACGUAUACGAUUACUAGUGCGCCGACGGGAUGGGCGACGCCUACUUGGCCUGCUUGGGCGGCACCAACUACGGGGUAUGGAAGUAAGUAUUAGUCUUUUUUUUUCUGAAGAGGAAGAGGUGUGGGACGGGCAGCGAGACAAAGUUUUGUGUUAUUGUGUGAGGAGAACUUGAUACUGAUAAUUUCCUCUAGCUACGGAUCCGAUCCCAGUUUAUACACCGGCACCAUUAUGGAAACCACAGGGAGACUAUGAUAAACAUUAUUGGGGAUCUUUCUAG